UCACUGUUUGUGUCAGAACAGGUUGUUGUAAAUUCCUCCAACAGAGCACAGAAUGACAGAGCAGGGCAGGGAAUUCCUGCAGUCACAGCGUCUUUAUUACCUUGCACCAAGUGCUAUCUGUCAGGGAAGGAUGGGUAUAUAUAAUGGGAGCAGCAGGCAAAGCUCAUUACAGAGUCCAAAGAGAGCAGGCAGAUCUCCAGAGAAGGCACUAAAAAGAGCUGGCAGAUCCCCAGUAAAAGAAUCAGAGGCCAGAAGAUCCUCAGCAAAACUAUCAAAAGGGAGCACAUCACUAUAGAAGCAGCAGCCAUGGGCAAUCUCUUUAGUUCCCUCUACCAAAUCCUUAUGGGCUUCCAUGGCACCAAGGCCAGAAUCAUUAUGCUGGGUCUGGAUGCAGCUGGCAAAACCACAGUCCUGUACAAACUAAAGUUUAAUGAGACCGUCACUACAAUCCCCACCAUUGGAUUCAACGUUGAGACAGUGGAGCCCAUGCAUAACGUGUCCUUCACUGUAUGGGAUGUGGGGGGUCAGGGAAGGAUUAGAGCCCUUUGGAAGUAUUAUUUCACCAACGCAGAUGGCCUGGUCUUUGUUGUGGACAGUGCUGACUGUGAGAGGUUCCAGGAAGCCAGGCUGGAGCUGGAAGCCAUUCUGGACACUGACGAAAUGAGAGGUGUCCCAUUUGUGGUGAUGGCCAAUAAACAGGAUCUUCCCGGUUCCAGGAGGCCAAUGGAGGUGGCAGAAGAAUUAGGCUUGCCGAAGAUACAAGGCCACCCGUGGCACGUGCAGGGCUGUUGUGCAACUACUGGGGAUGGACUUGUGGAGGGCCUGGAAGUAUUCACAAACUUGGUGAAACAGUUCCAAAAUACCAGGUCCUAAGAGCAGAGACCCAGCUUCAGCUGCAAUCUUGUUUAGACACUGGGAAACCAAUUGAUGCAGGUAUCUGGCCCAAUCUGUGUUCUCCGUUCACUGAAAACACAUAUAAUGCACUACUGAUAUUCAGAUUAUUAUAACAAUGCUGAGACCAUGGCUACUUAUUGUGCAUUUGGGGAAAGACAUUGGGACAUCUGCUAAUUUAAUUGGAAAGCAAUGAUAAAUAGGAGAGCAUCAGGCAGAGAAUCACAGACUGACCAACAGUGACUUGGGUGUAUUGGAAUAGAAGAUACCCAAUAUUCUGCUUCUCUGCGCAACUUUCCUAUAUGCAGCCAGAGACCUUUGUAGAUAUUGCUGAACUACAAAUCUCACCCCCUUCUGAAAAGCCUUAGUAAGGCUGUAGGCUGCCUGUGGUUAGAAACUGUUGUAUGUUAUCACUCUCAGAUAUGCUGUGUCUCUCGUUAUUAUUUCUGUGCUGUUUUUAUUCUAUAAAUAUAGUCAAAUUAAUGUUUAUUUUCUAAUAAAAGAUACAUUUAUACAUUACGGGGAAAAAGAACAUUUUUGCACUUAUUGUGAACCAUCCAAUGUACAAUUAAAUUACAUGUUAAUGAA